AUGAAGAAGUUCCUCGGCAAGGUCCAGCAGGGCAUGAACAAGUUCGACCAGGAUCGCAAGGCCGGUAAGGUCAUGGCGACCGCUCAAACCACCUUCGACGCCCUGCCGCCCACCUCUGUCGAUGCCCCGCCCACGCGCCGCGACAUCUAUCGUCAUCGAAAGCAACGCGGAGUCAACCUCGGCUCUUGGUUCUCGCUCGAGGCAUGGCUCACUCCUUCCCUCUUCCAAAAGGCCAGGGAUUCCAAGGCAAGCGAGCUCGAUGUCGUCGCGGGCAUGGAUCCCAAUGAGGCCAGAGCCAUGCUCGAGAACCACUGGGACAAUUUCAUCAACGACGGUGACCUCCAAUGGAUGGUCGACCAUGGGAUCAACACUGUUCGCAUCCCCGUCGGCUACUUUCACUUCCUCGCUGGUCACCCCAACGAGAGUGUGCGAGCCCUCAUCAAGGACACUGAUUACGAACGAUAUGCUCCCAUUUAUGCGGGCGCCUUCAGCCGCAUCCAACGUGCCAUCGAAUUCACCGCGAGCCGCAAUGUGGGCGUGCUCGUGGAUCUUCAUGGCGCGCCUGGUGGUCAGAAUGCCGAUGCCCACUGUGGUGUCAGCGACGGCAAGGCAGCCCUGUGGGACUCUCCGGCCAAUCAGCAAAAGACCAUCGAGAUCUUGAAGGCCAUGGCAUCCGAGUACGCCCGCUUCGAAAACGUCGUUGGGCUCGAGCUCAUCAACGAGCCCAAGAACUCGGGCAGCCUGUCAUCAUUCUACGAUCAAGCCAUCACCCAAGUGCGCUCGGUCUCGCCCGAAGUAGCUGCUCUGCCGCUCUACAUCGGUGAUGCCUGGGACACCAACUACUACACCGGCUUUGUCGGCCAGCGCGCCAGCGCAAGCAACUUCCUCGUCACCGACCAUCACCUCUACCGAUGCUUUACCCCGCAGGAUCUAGCGACGCGAGUCGAAGAUUUCGCGCGCAAGCUCAACCCGGGCACCUCGCCCUUGCCAACCAACUCGGACGGUGCUGGCGAGACAGCAGUCUGGUUGAAGGACAUGUCGAACCGUUGCGGUGGAUCUCUGGUCGUUGGCGAGUGGAGUGCCGCCCUCAACCCGGCUUCGCUGCAGUACCUCGCCACCGAAGAGCAGCAGCGAGCUGCCAAGGCGGAGUACGCUUUCAACGAGUGGAAGAGCUUCGACAAGUUCUGCGCAGGCUACUUCUUCUGGACGCUCAAGAAGGAGGGUGCUCCCGACACCGGCUGGGGCUUCUACUCGGCUGUCGAGCGCGGAGUCCUCCCGCAGCAUCUGGAUCCGCACCGCGGACAACGCAAGUCAGUGCAGGAGCUUGAAGCUGCGCGCCAGGCUGCCCAGGAUGCAGCGCUCGCAAGCCACGCCAACUACUGGGAUCAGCAGAGCGGCGGCCCCUACGAGCACUGGCGCUUUUCCGAGGGCUACAGCCUUGCGUGGACGGACUCGGUCGAGUUCCUCAAAGCAAACGAAUCCAACGAGAUCGGCUUCACCGGUCAAUGGCAGAAGACCAGGACCGCUGCUCACGCUCAGGCCAAGGGUCAGGGCAGCACAAUGAUCUGGGAGUUCGAGCACGGCUACAACCAGGGCCUCGCCGGCUUCAAGUCGGCGCUUUACCGCUGA